AUGGGUUCAUUUGCUGGAAAGUGUGAAAUCGUUGAAGAGAAAGAAGACCACCAAAACUCGUUUACUUACUCCAGAACCUCACCAACCAUUCCACAUUCAGGAUCAAGCCUCGUCGACGACAAGGACCUGGAGCGACCGGUACUAAAACUAGGUUACAGAGGCUCACUAGAAGAUGAUAUCAACCAACUCUUCGAGUCUAUAAGCAUUCGAACAUCCGGGAUGAUUCCUUCGUACCAACUUGGUGCAACCACUAGUAGAAACAACAACACUCCUUUACCAAGCAAGAGAGUAGCUGAGAUUAAAACAGUCUUUGAACCACCACCAGCGACAACGUUAAAACAGUCUUUGAGAGAUUUAAGCGUCACUAAGGCAUCGGAAACAGCAGCAGCAGCUAGUAAACGGACUACUAAGCCUAGUAGUAGCAUCAGAGCUGGUGAAGAAGGAAAAGCUGUUCUUGUUGAGUUACUCGAUGAUGAGAGUAGCGUAGCGCAGCAGCUACGCCUUCUUAAGAUACAUUCUUCGAGCCAAAACUCUCUUACAUCAUCUUCAAAGCUGUAUAACGAUGAGAUGGUUUUAAAGAAAGACAAUGGAUGGUCUCUUGAUGACGCGGAGUUGAGUAUAGCGAAGAGGAGCUUCGGUACAUCAUCUCCUAAGACAGUGGUUGGGUUAAAGUCAGUUAGAAAAGUGAAGUUGUUGUAUGCUAAUACACCUACUUCAACCAUUGUUAACGGUAAGAGAAUGGCUAAGUUAACCAGAACUAUUCCACGUGGCGGUUUGGCUAAACCGGCCUUAAGGAGUAAAGAUUCCUUGAAGAAGAAGAAAGAGGAUACAAAUGUGUAUGAUGAAGUAGAUGGAUUUUAUGAUCCCAUUGCAAAGGAACUUCUCUGCCAUAGAUGCCAUUUCACUUUGAAGAACACUCCAACUAAAGAAGAGUCUCUUGUAGCAGCAGAGCUUGAGCCGGCGCCGCCGUGUGUUAAAGAAGGAUGUUUAGAUGAGUUUGCUUCUGAUGAUUUCUCCAGCUCAAGCUAUGAGAGCUCUCAUGAGAUCAGUGAGACCAAACUUGACAAGAUAAGAAGGUCUCUGGAGACCUCUCAGAGUUCACUAGGGUUUGCAUUCGAAAGUAAAACCCUAGUGAAACCUGUUGAGGAUGAUACUCUCACCGGCAAAGAAGUUGAUCAGAAAGAGUCUGUCUACAUGUCGGAACAGAGUGCGGAGAUUGGUUCUUUCAGUGAGAAAUCUGUUGUAAUGAAUCCAGAUAGUCCUCCAAACAAACUCACCUCAGCCACUGAAGACGUCGGUGAAAACUCAGAGAUCGAAAACAGAGGUGGAGGAUACAACAGCUCAAACACCAGCGAGGAAGAACAAGAACAAGAACAAAGCAACAACGAUAUAAUGACAAGAUCUAGCUUCGGAAACAGACCACAUAUGUCAAAGGACGUGAGAUGGGAAGCUAUUCAGCAUAUAAGGGCACAACACGGGCUAGGUUCAUUGGGACUUAGACAUUUCAAUCUUCUGAAGAAGCUUGGUUGCGGAGAUAUAGGAACUGUUUAUCUCGCUGAGCUCACUGGAACAAACUGCUUGUUCGCUAUCAAAGUGAUGGAUAAUGAGUUCUUGGAGAGAAGGAACAAGAUGUCUAGGGCACAAACUGAGAAAGAAAUUCUCAAAAUGCUUGAUCAUCCGUUUCUUCCAACAUUAUACGCUCACUUCGUUUCAGAUAACUUGUCGUGUUUGGUCAUGGAAUGUUGUCCGGGAGGGGACUUGCAUGUCCUAAGGCAGAAACAGCCCGGGAGGUGGUUUCCCGAACCAGCUGCUAGGUUCUAUGUUGCGGAGGUACUUCUAGCAUUGGAGUAUUUACAUAUGCUAGGAGUUAUAUACCGCGAUUUGAAGCCAGAGAACAUUUUGGUACGUGACGAUGGACAUAUUAUGGUAACAGAUUUUGAUCUCUCCUUAAGGUGUAGCGUGAGUCCCACGCUACUAAACUCAUCAUCUCCACUUCAUGGAGAUGCCAUGAUGAGACUCUCUUCCGGUAGCCGCACUGGAUCCAGCUGCAUCGAGCCAUCUUGUUUCCGACCUAGACUCUCCCGCAGUUCCGCCGGGACCAAGAAGAAAGGGAAACAACACCGUGUAAUGAUGAAGAAGCUAAAAAAAUCAGACCUAACCGCACGGUUUAAAUCAUUACCUCAGCUGGUCGCGGAACCGACAGAUGCGAGAUCAAACUCUUUUGUCGGAACACACGAGUAUCUCGCACCAGAGAUCAUUAAAGGAGAAGGUCACGGCGCAGCGGUUGACUGGUGGACGUUUGGGAUCUUUCUAUACGAGUUGCUUUACGGGAAGACACCGUUCAAGGGAGCUAGUAAUGAAGAGACGAUAGCUAACGUUGUGCGACAGAGCUUGAAGUUUCCAGAUAACCCUAACGUGAGUUUCCAAGCUAAGGAUCUUAUAAAAGGUUUGUUGGUUAAGGAACCUGAGAACCGGUUAGGGACGGAGAAAGGAGCUGCGGAGAUAAAACGGCACGCAUUUUUCGAAGGUUUGAACUGGGCGUUGAUACGGUGUGCGAUACCGCCUGAGCUUCCGGAUUUUUAUGACUAUGGGGUUCCGAAUCAUGAAGGGAAAGGCAAUUACUUGGAUUGCAAGGCAGUUGGGGAACAUCUUGAGUUUGAGUUAUUCUAGAAAGGACUGUUCGGUAAAGAGAGUUGCAGAAGCUUCCGUUUGCUUAAGCAUCUCUUGUAUCGCAGGUUAUUUAAUCACUUUGCGGGGAUUAUUAAUUUUAUUUUGUAAUGGUUUUGCUAAACAAUGUAUUUUGAUGGAUAACUGAUUAUGGUCUUUUAUAUAUUUUGAAAUUGUUUGAC